ACAUCCGUCCGUCCGGCCGGCCGCAGUCCACCCCCUCCACCUUCCGGCUCGGCCUCUCUGGUCCGGAGUUCCCAUUCCCACACCGGCUACCGCCACCAUCGCCCGUCGCCGUCACCGUCACUGUCGCAUCGCCGGCCGCACCUAAGCCGUUAAAGUCGCUGCAGGUGCGGACACCACGUCACCCCUCACAAGGGCAUCAGGAUCUAGAAGGAAGCACAACAUCAGGUUUUGACUUUUAUCAGUUCUCAGAUCAAGAUGGUGUCUGUUGGCCCAAAACCAGGGGUGCCUGUUAUUCUGCGGGAGCUGGAGCCAUCCUCAGAGAUGUUCAAGCAAGGAGCGUCCCUUCGAGUCACAGGAAGUCUUCAGUCGUUCGAGGUGGACUCUGCAACCGCUGUCAUUCAAGACGGCAGCGUGAGUUUAAAGGUUGACACCCAACAUCUGAGGGACAUCAGUUUCCGCACGAAUUCGGCGUACCAGUUCAUUGGUGAACUUCAGAUCCGUGAAGGCAAUGAUGCGACUCUACUAGCGCGCAUUGGAAGGAACGUCGAUGGCCUCGACCUGAACCUUUACCAGCAGGCUAUACUCAUCCGACGGCAACACGAAGCAAAGCUUGUGAGCUCCAGGACCAGGAGAGCAUGAUCUGCUGCGCAUGUUCUUCGCAGUUGUUAGAUUUCUUUGUUUUGUCGCAGUGCAAUUGCAUAUGUACAUGAGAAGAGAACAAGACCGCCUGGAGGCUUUGGUUAUAAGAAUUGGUCGGCUCUGCAUAUUGAUUUGUGGGACCUCAGCCACAUAUCCCUGUUUGCUGGUCUCAAGAGUCAUGACUAAAAAUAUUGUUUCGCUGAUUUAUUGUGAGAGAAAAA